UUUAAGAUCCUCUCUGCGACAGCUUUAACAGAUGUUUUCUCACGCAUAUGUACCCCUCUUCUUUGCAUAGGGCAUCUUGACUGUUAACGUGGAGCAGUCAAAAAGAUAACCUCCCCUUAUUCCAUAGUCUGCCCAUGUUAUUUUAUUUUGUCAAGCCCUAUUAUAUAUUGUAACAAUAUGUUGUUUAAAGCUUGUUUUUUGUCCCUUUUGGUUUACUUUUGCUCUGCUACAAAAGCUGAUCCUGCCAAUUCGUACGAUAUUCUUUACAGCCAGGCAGUAGAAGCAUAUCUAAAUGAGCAAUGGGAUGAGUGCGUCACGCGCAUGAACGAAGCCAUUGAAGAUUAUCAUUUUUACAAAGAUGCUGUGGUGGGCUGUCGAUUGGAAUGUCUCAAGGAAUCUUUUGACAAACCGUUGGUGUCUCCACAGUUGGAAGAUAUGAAAUUAUGGGAAAAGAUGAUAAAAAAAACACUUUGCUUACUGAAAUGCAAGAAAGACAUUUUGAAGAACCGAGCAGAAAUUGUUGACCGUAAAGUUGCAGAUGAUUUUGACACAUUGAAACCUUAUGACUAUCUUCAGCUUUGCUACUUCAAGACCAACGAUAAUAUCAAGGCAGCUUCCUGUGCCUACACUUUCUUAACUAUGAAUUUAAACCAUACUGUGAUGAAAGAAAAUCUUAGAUUUUUCAUCAAUGAAUUGAAAGUGGAUCCCAACUAUGUCAUCAACCUUGAAGCUAAACCCUAUGUUGAAUUCUACAUUCGUGGCAGUGAAUCCUACAAAAAGAAGGACUAUGACAGAACUACAACCAACAUGGAGCUUUCCUUGGUAGAAUACUUGCAAGCAGAAGAAGAAUGCAGAGCUCAUUGUGAGGGUCCCUUUGAUCAAGGCUGGUUUCCUGAUUUCAUUUCCAGCAUCUCAAAUCACUACACUUUCACAUUGCGCUGUAAGCGAAAGUGUACUAACAAACUGGGAAACUUGAAUGGUGAGAAACAUGACGAUCUCCUUCCCAGUCACUACCAUUACUUGCAGUUUGCCUAUUUCAAAAUGGGCAACAUCGAAAAGGCUUGCCAGGCCGCUGCCUCCUAUCUCCUAUUUUUCCCUAAUGACGAGACUAUGAAUGAAAACAAGAUCUAUUACAUGACGCUGGGAAACGUGCACGAAGGCAUGUUCGUUCCAAGAACCGAAGCGGUCAACUACUACGAGCGUGAUCAAGGAGAGAAAGCCCUACUUCAGUUUAUAGAGGACAAUUUCCAGUUCGACGAGGGCGAAAUUUUAGAAGCCACUGGACCGGCAGUUAUCCCUAUCGGUACUGACUUGGCAGUCAUUUCUACCGACAACAUCGGCGACAAUGAAAUCCCCCAUAGCACAUGACUUUUCAGGUUUUUCAUGACAGCUUCUUGUUAAUUGUCUCCUAACAUUUUAUUUCAACGGCAAUCUCUUUAAUUAAUUUUAGGUGUAUUCACCUGUUAGCUACGUUUUCUCUUUUUUUUAUAUAAAAUCCAGUUGACCAAUCACUUCCAUUCAUGUGGUGCCUUAAAUUUGUUCAAUUUUAAAAUUCUUUCAGUGCCAAAGAAUUCGUUCUUUAAAUCUGCCUUAUAUGAAUCAACAUUUGAUUGUGUUUGGAGUCUCUACUACGAAUACAUCAGCCACGGAUAUAAUAAGUAUAUAACAUCAUCAAAAACAAUUUUAUUUUAGAAAACGAAUUUUCUUGUAUUUAAAAAGGCCAGAGUUAAUCAUUCAGGUAUAAUAUUAAAGGUAUAAUAUCAUGCCAUUCGCAGGAAAUAAGCAGUUUUGAGACACGUUAAAUUAGGUACAAAGCCGAAUAAAAAAACACAAGGAGUAAAAAAAAAAA